AUGGUCGACCGUGCGAACCGCCCUUCAGCGCUGAACGCGCCCACCGCGUCAGCACCUGGACCCCAGGUCGACAUCGUCGGAGAGGGUGGCAGCCAGAAGGUCGUCGCGAGACUGCCGUCUGGUGAGAGCGUCGAGGUGCUGCUCUUUGGCGCCACCGUUACGAGCUGGAAGAGCAACGGCGGAAAGACUGAGAACCUCUGGGUGAGCGACGCGGCCGACCUGACAGGCAAGAAGCCCGUACGCGGUGGUAUCCCCGUCGUAUUCCCCGUCUUCGGUCCUCCUCCCAAGGGGGGACACGCCACUUCGUCGCUUCCACAACACGGUUUCGCGCGUGGAUCGCGCUGGGAGUACAUGGGCAAGUCGACUGCGGAGGAUGCUCUCGACUCCAACUCGGUCAAGCUCGACUUUGGCUUGGACCGCCAGUCGCUCAGCGAGGAGUCGCGCAAGGCAUGGCCGCUCGACUUUGGCCUAGUAUACAGCGUCACACUGAGCAAGGACAGCCUACAGGCAGUUCUCACCGUCCGCAACGAGGGCGAGGAGAGCUUCGAGUUCCAGUUCCUGCUCCACACCUACUUCAGGAUCCAGGAUGUGUCCAAGAUCGCCAUCACCGGCCUGUCUGGCACCGAGUACAUCGACAAGGUCCUCAACGCCUCCACCCACACCCAGAGCGACAACCAGCUCAAGAUCACCGGCGAGACAGAUCGCGUUUACAAGGACAUCAAGCAGGACACGACAUCGAUUACCGAAGACGGCAAGCCUCGCUUUGACGUCAUCCGUGACAACGUCAAGGACACUGUGACCUGGAACCCGUGGAUCGAGAAGGCCAAGGCCAUGGGCGACUUCUCACCCGAUGACGGCUACAAGAACAUGGUCUGCGUCGAGAUCGGUGCCGUGGACGGCUGGCAGAGGCUGGAGAAGGGCGAGGUCUGGGAGGGUGGCAUGUUGGUCAAGAGCCACCUGUAG